CUUUCAUGAGAUGUCCAACGUUAUCGAAGCAUUUUCAAAUCUCUGGUCGACCUUCUGGACUGAGUACCAUCUAAGACAGACAGAGCGCGGAUUGAUAUCCGAUUUCGUCCGUGAUUUGAAAAGAUAUUCAUUCUGGACGACAAACGACUUACUUCUCUGCCUUCUACUUGCUCUGCUAUUUACCGUCCUUCGUUAUGCUCUAAAACACGUGAUCUCUACGCCGUUUGUUCGAUGGGUAAAACUAGAGGGAGAGAGUGUGAGGAAGUUUCCAGAAAGUUUGUGGAAAUUACUGUAUUAUUCAACGUUGUCUACAUAUUGUAUCUACUUGUGUGCAACAAAGUAUCCGUUUUUUGGUGAUCCACAAUCAGUGUGGAUAGGUUGGCAUCGAGGUAUGGAUGUUCCAUUGGAUAUUUACAUAAUGUACAUUACACAGUUGGGAUUCUACAUUCACUCUUUCUAUGGAACAGCUUUCAUGGACGAUGCCAGAAAAGAUACUAAAGUCAUGUAUCUGCAUCAUGCUCUGUCUUGUGUUCUCAUUGGAUUUUCAUUGGCAACAAGAUUUCAUAACGUUGGGUUGCUACUUCUCACGCUUCAUGAUCUAAAUGACGUCAUUCUGGAAGGAUGCAAGUGUUUGCUGUAUCUCAAAGUUCGUGGAGGAAAAGAGUAUCCCAUAUGGGGCCAUCUCGCUAACAUUGGAUUUGCUGUAUUUUCUGUAUCAUGGUUUCUAAUGCGCGUCUACUGGUUCUUCUACAAAAUCCUCUACAGCACCGGCUACUGGUCAGUCAGACUCCAUCCAUCCGGUCCCUUCUACUUCCUUUUCAAUAUCAUGCUAUGGGCCAUCUUCUUCCUCAACUGCUGGUGGUAUUCAUUCAUCAUCAAGGCGAUUGUUCGCAUAGUGAUCGGAAAGAAACUGGAGGACACUCGCGAAGGCACCAAAGAUGAUACCAAAGAUGGUGGAAAGGGUGACAGCAAUCAAGACACUCAGAUAGACAGUAAAUAUGGGAGUGAGGACGUAGUAUCUCAUACUGAAGGAGUGUUGCAUGUGAAAGAUGUCGGCGACGUGCAGAGGUCACUGGAGGGAUUGGAUUUGGGUGGACACAACGGGGUUGAUGAUGACAACGAAGACGAGAGAAUGGAGGUGGAUGAGGACGUUGAGGAGACGGUGAGGAAGAGGAAGGUGAUGGGGGAUGAUGAUAGUUGAGUUGAUGAGGCGAUCGGUUGAUGGGAGAUUGUGUUGAUGAUGUGGGUAAUGAUGGUUAGGGGUUGACAAGUGGCGAACUGUUGCAUUUAUAUUGUUGUGCUUGGUUCAUAUCAGUUGUAAUUACUGCUUCUAUGUGAAGAAUGAAAUCUUAAUGCAUUC